CAAUUAUCACUACUAGGUUAUCUAACCGCGGCACUUAGGGCCUGACACAAGUGGUGAUAGUGAAGUUCACCAGACUCUUGCAUAGAGGCUGGAAAUCGAGACUACUGUGUAGCAUAGACCCAGACCACUGUUCAAAGCUCAGAAGGCCAGUGAUGACUUUUGUCUCUAUAUUCUCCUUAUCACUGUCACUGGUCUUCGCUGUCUGAGUCCAAUUCAAUUUCCGGCUCUUUCGUUUCAACAAUCUCUCUGCAAAUGGACCAGAAGUACACCCUGGUCCACAGCCACAGUAAUAAUGGCUGUAUCCCACUGCUGCUAACAUUUAGAAAUGCUUAAAACUCGCUAUUACGUGGCAAAUAACGGUGAGAUUAAUUAACCUGUUGCUCGUUAAUGUUGGAUGUUCAGGAAUAAUUUAUGAGUAACAUUACAGGUUUAUUCCACUUGCUAGGUACACUAAAUAAGCUGGGUAGGUUAGCUGAGCUUCUCUACAGUGGGAAUACAAGUACGACUGAUUUGGACGAUGCUUGGAAUGUAUUGAGGAGGACAUCUGUUGGAUUUAAUACACAAAAUGUGGCUUAUUGUGUGCUCACAUCUGUCCAACUAGUACUAUUUUAUACAGUAUUUUCAACAAUGCAUUUCUCGACUCUCAAUGGAUCGACAAGAAAAACAAUUACAUAUAGAUGUUCAUCAAUGCUAUAAGAUAGCACUGAACAUGUUCAAAUUCAUCUCAUACUUUUGCAACAAUUUGUCAGUUCAGUUUGCUGUGGCAUGUAAAUUUGUCUAAAUUUGUUUGUGUUUAAGUUUCUAAGCAAAGCCACAUGGCGGCUUUGUGGCUAUAUUUAGUUCCUGCCAUGUGUAAUAGAUUGGUGCAAGAAGCAGGAAACAAACUGCAAAGGGAAGAGAGUUAAAAUAUAAAAUACGACUAGCCAUUAAAUUUUUACAUUGCAUUGAGUCGAAGAUCAAGAGUAGCCAUGAAGCAAAUAGUUUCUCUGAGACUACCAUUACCUCUCGCUCUACUGUUGAUUUGUGUCUAUUGUACAGUAUCUGUUGUCAGUACUGCCACUGGCAGUGGAGAUGUUGAUCAAGAGGGAUCUACCAUGCCAGACUACACCAGCACAACUACUGAAGCUGAAACUCACUCUACCACAAUAGCUCAAACCAGACCCACAACUGCGACUUCUAUUGCGGAUAUGCAGACAACCACUGAUUCUGAACAAGAAAUUAUCACUGUGCAGUCAAGUGGAACAACUGAAGUAGCUGUUACUGAAACUACCACAGUUACAAGUCGACCUCCUUCAACAUUUCAAACUGCGACAAUUUUACCCCAAACCGAGUCAACUACCGGUCAACUUGAUUCAACAGCUGAUACAUCUGCUGGGUCUGUUACCACAGAAGAGCUAGCUUCAAUUCAGGCAAACACAGCUACCACACAAGCAGCUCCCGUUACAACUGAACAUCUCGUUACCACAGCUCCUACCAGACCCGCUAGGCCUACAGUCGCUGCAACGGAAGAACCAAUUCAGGCAAACACAGCUACCACACAAGCAGAUCCCGUUACAACUGAACAUCUCGUCACCACAGCUCCUACCAGACCAGCUAGGUCUACAGUCGCUACAACAGAAGAACCAAUUCAGGCAAACACAGCUACCACACAAGCAGCUCCCGUUACAACUGAUCAUCUUGUUACCACAAUUUCUACCAGACCAGCUAGGCCUACAGUCGCUACAACAGAAGAACCAAACACAGCUACCUCACAAGCAGCUCCCGUUACAACUGAACACCUCGUUACCACAGGUCCUACCAGACCAGCUAGGCCUACAGUCGCUACAACAGAAGAACCAAACACAGCUACCACACAAGCAGCUCCCGUUACAACUGAACAUCUCGUUACCACAGCUCCUACCAGACCAGCUAGGCCUACAGUCGCUGAAACAGAAGAACCAAUUCAGGCAAACACAGCUACCACACAAGCAGAUCCCGUUACAACUGAACAUCUCGUCACCACAGCUCCUACCAGACCAGCUAGGCCUACAGUUGCUGCAACAGAAGAACCAAUUCAGGCAAACACAGCUACCACACAAGCAGAUCCCGUUACAACUGAUCAUCUCGUCACCACCGGUCCUACCAGACCAGCUAGGCCUACAGUCGCUGCAACAGAAGAACCAAACACAGCUACCACACAAGCAGCUCCCUUUACAACUGAUCAUCUCGUCACCACAGCUCCUACCAGACCAGCUAGGCCUACAGUCGCUGCAACAGAAGACCCAAACACAGCUACCACACAAGCAGCUCCCGUUACAACUGAUCAUCUCGUUACCACAAUUCCUACCAGACCAGCUAGGCCUACAGUCGCUACAACCACACAAGCAGCUCCCGUUACAACUGAACACCUCGUCACCACAGGUCCUACCAGACCAGCUAGGCCUACAGACGCUACAACAGAAGAACUUCAAGCAAAUGUAACGACCACACAGACAGCACUGCUCACAACUGGCGUCCCAGUUUCAACCAGGCCUGUAGCAACCACUACAACUGAAGAGAUAGCAUCAAUUCAGGCUGACUCCGACACCACAGGUGCUCCUACUGAAGGCACUACAGAACCUCCAGAAUGUCGUGUCCCUGCCUACUCCAGCAUCAACUAUGAGACCACGUAUAGCAGCAGAGUCACUGAUGAUAGUCUGCUUGUUGUGGAGGGAAAGUGCUAUGUUGAGUGUAUUUUGGACGUUUCACAAAACCCCACCUUAGGAGGUAAAGUUGUACCGAAUAAUCAGUUUCCACCCUGGCCGUUCUCCACCCUGAAACCUCAAAAUUGUAACCCUCAUAAGUUUGUUCACGAGUGUACUAGAGGGUGCCUUGUACUCCACGAUGAUAUUCCACCAUCUCCCGACCGCGCCUGCCGACACGACUGCAGUGAACAUUGUCAGAACGAGUGUGGUGCUUUUCAGUGCGACAACCCAGAUUCUGAUGAGUGGUGGGUCCGACAGAACUGCCCCCUCACUUGUAGUUCAAGCAAUAGUUGCGAUGACGGUUGCCAACUCUCUUUAGACUGUACAUCAACAGAGUGCAAUCGACCACUGAACCCCAUUGCCCCGCCCACCUUAGUCCAAACCGAGGGUAGUGAUAGAGCGGGAGUAUUCAGCGUGAACAUAUCCGGGUCUGUGCCCUCCUCCCCCUCUCUGACCACACCCGGCGUUGUGUUCCUAUUUGAGAUCCUGGAUCACACCACAAGCAACUAUUCCUACCAUUGGGUGGUUGACCCAACACUAAGCCUGGACCUGGCGGACUUUGCCUGUAGAGAAGUGUCUGUCAGAUUUGCCGUGCUCAGCGUAAACGGACUCUCUGAUUUCUCUGGACCAACUCGAAUACAACAAAUUUAUGGAGACCCUACGAGGAGGCCCAAUCCAGUCACAAACAUCAGGGUGGUAAGUGAGGAAGAUGAUACAAGAGUCGGCUACUUUGGUCAUGUGAUAUGGACUAUCUCUUGGCAACACCCAACCAGUCAGCUCCACUUGGACGGCUAUAUGGUGGAUGUGUACAAAAAUCCCGACCAGGGAAGCGAGUGUGGAGAAAGAGUUUGGACCAGAAGACUGGCUCUUAAUGAGAGCACCUCUGUGAGGGUGAUGGCCGACGAGCCGGGGGACCUGUUGGUAAUGGGAUGUGUGUACACCAUUAUUGUUCAUGCUAUCGGUGUGGAUGAGAAUGAAAUCAUAGUUGAAAAUCACAAUGCAGCGUUUUUUCCCAGCAUGCCGCAGUUUAUCGAUGACAUACAGUGCAACAAGAUUUGGGACUUGACUGAGUUCAAGUUCUCCUUUAACUUCACUUGGUCACUACCAUUCUACAUAGCCUUUGAGAACCCUAUCACUCAAUACAUCAUCUCCGUGGAUACAUAUAGACCAGCAGACUCCAACAUUUUCGUUCAAUCUUUACUAUCCAACACUGUUUAUGAUCUCUCAAACCUGGGACCUAAUGUCACUGACGUUAAUUACUACCUCCCUCAUAAUGGGCGAUCAUUCUUCUCUCCUAGGAAUGAUUCUGGUCUUGUCUUCAGGUUCAAACUGUAUUUCGAUUUCAACGAGUCCAAUGUUCGUUUUAACACCCUCUCUGCUUUUAUCCCCAACCGUCAAUUCUUCUGUACUACGGACACUGCCUCCCCACCCCCUAGUCAAGCACAGAACGUAACAGUUAUCUCGUAUGAUCUUCUCAGCACUAAUAAGAUAUCGCUAAACUUUAGUUGGACACCGCCAUUAUUCCCCAAUGGAGUACUGACUACUUACACGGCGUGUGUGAGUCAGACAGCUCUCCUAGAUAACGAGGAACCAGUGUCAAACAGUGGAGCGUCUUUCUGUGAGCAUGAUAUUGAAGGUGAUAUGACUUCGGCAAUGAAAGAGUUCAACUUUUUCAGAGAUGGUGAUUCUUACUGCCUGACCAUUCAGAUCAGACCUCGCAAUGAUUAUGUGUUUGGGGAAUGGAGUGAGCCUUCUCUGAUCUAUCUUGGAGUACCAGGCUCCUGUACAGACCCUCUACCCACUGACCCUCCACCCACUACUGACCCACCCACUGACCCACCUACAACCAUGGAGAGUACAACAGACCCUCCAAACACGCCUUCUACUGGAGCUUUAAAACCCACCACCAAUCCUGUGAUCGUGAUUGGCGUGUCUGUAUUUGCUGCUGUGAUUGUUGUGCUUUGUGCCUGCAUCAUAUUCAUCUUAUUUUGCUACUGUGCGCGCAGGAGAAAAAGGAACUGGAGGCUCAAUAUUCUCCACGACCCGUCUGGGAUGGAUCUCAUGUUUAGUCGAGACCCUCAUCGCCACCUGCUCACUCAAACACCCACUGACCCCCAAUUCCCUGAAAUUGACGAGUGGGAAAUAUCAGCAUCGGAGAUUAUCAUAGAGGACUCCUUAGGGGAGGGUGCUUUCGGAGAAGUGUACAAGGGUGUGGUCAAGGGGCCGAUAAGGUGUACCAGAGUGCAGCCUUCUUUGAGGAAUGCUAUUGCAGUACCUGUGGCUAUCAAGUUGCUCAAAGAUUCAGCCCAGGGCAGCGAAAGACAAGACUUCCUCUCGGAGAUAGAGAUGAUGAAGACCAUUUCUGAGGGCCAGAAUCCCAACGUGAUUGGUAUGGUCGGGUGUGUGACUCUACAAGAGCCUCUCUCUCUCAUCUUAGAGUUUGUCGAGUAUGGAGACCUACUUUCCUAUCUCAGGACCGACAUGAGAAGGAAUGCAGGACAAGAUGUUGGUGACCAUGACAACCCAUACAUAAGGCUAGGCAGUAUUGUGACUGUGGAUCUCGUUAAGUUCUCCUAUCAGAUUGCUUCUGGAAUGGAGUACCUGUCUAGCUUGGAUAUUGUCCACAGAGAUCUAGCGUGUCGAAACAUCCUAGUAGAUGAGGGCAAGGUGCUCAAAAUCACCGACUUUGGAAUGUCUCGUGAAGUGGACGAGAUUUACGUACAGCAGAGCAGGGGGCGAGUUCCGUUGAAGUGGAUGGCCCUUGAGUCUAUUCUUACUCGUCAGUUCACCAGUGCCUCAGAUGUGUGGUCGUAUGGCGUCUCUCUGUGGGAAAUAGGAACUAUGGGCGGGUUCCCGUACCCCACCAUCAGUAACGAGGACCUCAUUUUGCUGCUGAAAAAUGGCUACCGUAUGGAGAAGCCAGACAACUGCUCUCCCGAAAUCUAUGCGAUAAUGUUGGCCUGCUGGAACGGAGAUUCGAGCAUGAGACCUACCUUCUCAGAAUUGAAAUCGAAGUUUGAUCACAUGCUUCGUUCAAACGCCGAGUACAUUUACUUCCUCCCUGUCAACAGUGACAGGCCGUGUUACCAACCAGAAAAUGCCCCAGAGGGAAUGACCCUAACCUCACCAAAUCAAAUUCGUCUCUCCCCUAAUGCUAAUGGAAAUCGACAGAGCACGUACAUACAAAUGGCCUCCACCUCACACUCAGUUUUGCCCGGAUCCGACCACGGUAGGAGCUCAGGGCAAACUUCACCCGGUCCAAGAUCUCCCCGUAGUAUCUCUCCAACCUCCUUUGACCCCUCACCCAGUCGCAUUAACCCCAAUGUGGCCCAACGCUCGGCAAGUAUGUUACUAUCCAGAGAUGUUGUAAGAGAUAAGAGAAAGCGUAUUGGGGGGAAUCUGUAUGUGGAUAAUCCUUCUAAGAAAGCUCAAGAAAUUUUAGCACAAGUUAGACCAACUAGUAUGCUCGUAUCGAGGCCUUCUGAAAAUGGCGAAGUUUCGAUUGGUGCCGGAGAUUCUAUUACUCAUAGGACGCGUAAUCAUGGCAACAGUCGUCAUCGCAGGCCUAGUAGUGCCGGUGAGAGUUCCAACGGCACGGCAAAUGGUGUUGCUGCGUAUGUGAAUGUUGGACAUACUGGAAACGGCAAUAUUGGAAUUGAAGUUCUGAAUCCACUCUUCGGAAGAGAGCUAUCUCUCGAUGAAAAUAAUGGCAACAGAGUACCCGCAAUUACUGUUACAGAGGAUUUGGGUUGAACCUUGUUCUUAAACAAACUAUUAUAUUCAUGUCUCUUAUAUAGAAUAGAACGAUCAUAAGUCACAACAUUUUUUUUUUAGUGUUACAGUAGAUGAAUUUACGCGUGUGUUAUGUUGGUGGCACGCCCUAGUAAGUUUGAUUGUUUAUUUGUAUAAAUCAACGUGCCAUGAGAUAAUUGAUUGAACGACAGUC